CAAAUCUAGUUUUUUCGUAAGAUAACUUUUUUUAAGUAUUAGUUUUACAGUAUAGUAAUGAAAACUUGGUCCUUUCAGGCUACACUUAUAGAUUCCUAAUUUUUAUUUACCAAACAAAUUUGACCUUUCAAUGUCGUCACUUAAAUUUACUUAAAAAAAAGGCAUUACCAGAUAGAGAUACAAUGAUUAGACAGGGGAGUAUAGAUGAUAUUAAUGCUCAGCAAUUUCUGAAGACAUCCAAUUAUGAAGAUACUGUUAGGCAGCUAGAUAUAUAUUAUGCAAUUGUGAAAAGACAAUUGCUCCGGUUUCAAAGUCCAAUUACUGGGCUCUUUCCAGUGCUAUCGUCUGACCUCCACAUUGGGAGUGUGCGGGAUAGUAUUUACUGUGCAGCCGCAGUAUGGGGCCUAUACCAAGCAUACAGACGCAUCGACGAUGACCGCGGCAAGUCGCACGAGCUCGGCCAGAGCACGGUCAAAUGCAUGCGCGGCAUCCUCGAGUGCUGGGUGAAGCAGUCCGCGCGCGUCGAGGCGUUCAAGACGAGGCAGAUGGCAGCACACGCGCUGCACGUUAAGUUCCACCUCACUACUGGCGAGCCGGUGUUGUCGGAUAACCAGUACCAUCAUCUGCAGAUAGAUGUGGUUUCGUUAUAUCUGCUAUUUCUUGUGCAGAUGAUUACUUCGGGCCUACAGAUCAUAUACACACAGGAUGAAGUAGCUUUUAUACAGAACUUGGUGUAUUACGUGGAGCGCGCAUACAGGACGCCAGAUUAUGGAAUGUGGGAGCGCGGCUCCAAAUACAAUGACGGCAAACCAGAAAUACAUGCUUCUUCCAUAGGCAUGGCAAAGGCUGCAUUGGAAGCGAUAAACGGUUGCAACCUGUUCGGAGACAAGGGCGCGUCGUGGAGCGUGGUGUAUGUGGACAUUGAUGCCCAUAACCGCAAUAGGAGUAUAUUCGAAACUAUGCUGCCGAGGGAAUCUAGUUCCAAGGGUGUCGACGUAGCUCUCCUACCGACAAUAUCAUUCCCAGCGUUCGCAACGCAUGAGGACCACUUAUUCCAACUAACCAAAUCCAACAUCCUUCGACGCUUACAAGGCAAAUACGGCUUUAAACGAUUCAGCCGCGACGGUUACAAGUGCGUACUAGAAGACCCUACUCGUAGAUAUUACAACGAGGGAGAACUCAAGGAGUUUGAUGGGGUAGAGUCCGAGUGGCCGCUCUUCUACGUUAUGAUGAUCAUUGACGGCGUGUUUAGGACAUUACCCGACCAAGUUGAGGAGUACCAGAGGUUACUGAAGGCCAGGAUAUAUAUGGAUGAGUUUGGAGAUCCCGUGAUUCCGUGGUUUUAUUAUGUUCCCCGGGAAGGAAUAGAGAGCGAGCGUAAUGAGCCACAUUCAGUCCGCCGGAUGCCGGCCAACGAACCCGGCGACGACAGUAAAGACACAGGAGGCCUGUUCCUAUGGGCGCAGUCCAUGUUCGUGCUGGCUCAGCUGCUAACGGGAGGCCUGCUCCACGUGAACGAGCUCGACCCCAUCCGCCGCUACCUGCCCUCCUACAACCGGCCGCGGCGCGCCGGCCGCUACUCCGCCUUCCAGGCCAAGCCAGCGUUUGGCAUAGCGACGGACUUGGUGGUGCAAGUGGUUUUGAUCGCGGAGUCCAUGCGCCUGCAGGCCAUGAUGGGGACUUACGGCAUCCAGACCCAGACGCCACACGAAGUCGAACCAGUACAGAUUUGCAGUUCAACACAAUUAGUGCACGUGUACAGACAGCUGGGCGUUUGUCCUAAACUGAAAUUGACGGGGCGCCCGAUCCGACCCGUUGGAUCCCUGGGAACCAGUAAGAUCUACCGCGUGUGCGGGAUGACAGUGCUGUGCUACCCGCUGAUAUUCGAGGUGUCGGAGUUCUACCUGUACCGCGACAUGGCGUUGCUCAUCGACGACAUCAAGACCGAGUUGCAGUUUGUUGGCAAAUACUGGCGACUAUCCGGAAGACCGACGGUGUGUCUCCUGGUGCGGGAGGAGCACAUGCGCGACCCGCACUUCAAGCAGAUGCUGGACCUGUUCGCGAUGCUCAAGAAGGGCCACUGCGACGGCGUCAAGGUCCGCCUCGGACGCCUGCAGAACCUCAUCUCCAGCUCCUGCAUGGAGCACUUGGACUUCAUGAGCCAAGGCGACUUCCCAUCAGAGAUGUUCGCUCAGUUCAGGCAGCUCGAACACGAAUACAUCGGUUACCAGUCCCUCACGGACGUUCCACGGACGCUCACCUACCGCGAAGAAAACCUCUGCUACGACUCGUAUAAGAACCGUUCGAUUGCGGACGUCGUAGCAGCUCUACGAGGCACUGACAAUAUCUUCGCCCAGUGCCAGCUAUGGGGUAUUUUGAAGGACAGAGAAGGAGCGAUGUAUGAGGUCAACGGCACGACGGCUCUAGACGCAUUAAAGAGCCUCUACCACAGCGCUGGUGUCCUGCGACACUGGCGCGCCGUGCGGUACUGCUCGUCGCUGCUGAAUCACACCGUGGACUCCAUCAGCCCCUUCAUCACCACCGUGCUGGUCAACGGCAAGCAGCUAACCGUUGGCGUGAUUGGACACAAAGAAACAGUGUUUGAUAAACCGAUGACGCCGGGCGAGAUUCAAUCUGUUAUGUACUCCACCAUCCAGCCUUACGACGUUAUCGGAGCCGUACUGCAACAGGAAAUCGUCCUGUACUGCGGCCGUCUGAUCGGCACGAGUCCCGAAAUGUUCCGCGGCAUCCUCAAGAUCCGCGUGGGUUGGGUGCUGGAAGCCAUCCGCACCUACUUGCGGUUGUUCCCCAACGAGGGCCGCGCGGGCGCGCCUCUAGAGGCACUCUCGCCUUAUCGUCUGCGGACCUUACUGCAGAGGGUGUUGACCGUGUCCGACUGGGCUGAUGAGGAGGGAUUGACUCCGUUACAAAGGCGACAACUGGAAGGUUGCCUAUGCCGCGUGCCCAAACACUUCUACAUACAAGUGUGGGACAUACUGCUGCGCACGCCUAAAGGAAUAACUAUCCAUGGUCACUGCAUCCCCGCGAGCCCCGCGCUAGUGAACAUGUCGCGCUCGGAGCUAUCGUUCGCGCUCCUGGUGGAAGGCGCGUUGGUGCGCGCACCGUCGGCCGCGCGGCGACAGCUUUGUGUGGAGCUCUUGUGCGUCGUGGCCGCUAUCUUGCGACGGAACCCCGAGCUGUGUCUUCAGGCGCUCGACCUGGACAAGCUGCUACAAGACGCCCAUCACACCUACGCUAAGGACAGCGGAGUGUCGGGUGACGAGGAGCCGCUGGCGUCGGCGCCGGCGCCCGUGAGUGUGGGCUACCUGGCGCGCGCCGUGGUCAACAGCGUGCUGCAGGAGUCCGCGCUGCCCGAGCUGUCGCUCGCCGCGCACGACUCCUGCCUGGUGUCCUAGGCUCCGGUGUCUGGGUGUAGAUCCCGUGAGCGUGGGCUACCUGGCGCGCGCCGUGGUCAACAGCGUGCUGCAGGAGUCCGCGCUGCCCGAGCUGUCGCUCGCCGCGCACGACUCCUGCCUGGUGUCCUAGGCUCCGGUGUCUGGGUGUAGAUCCCGUGAGCGUGGGCUACCUGGCGCGCGCCGUGGUCAACAGCGUGCUGCAGGAGUCCGCGCUGCCCGAGCUGUCGCUCGCCGCGCACGACUCCUGCCUGGUGUCCUAGGCUCCGGUGUCUGGGUGUAGAUCCCGUGAGCGUGGGCUACCUGGCGCGCGCCGUGGUCAACAGCGUGCUGCAGGAGUCCGCGCUGCCCGAGCUGUCGCUCGCCGCGCACGACUCCUGCCUGGUGUCCUAGGCUCCGGUGUCUGGGUGUGAUCCCGUGAGCGUGGGCUACCUGGCGCGUGCCGUGGUCAACAGCGUGCUGCAGGAGUCCGCGCUGCCCGAGCUGUCGCUCGCCGCGCACGACUCCUGCCUGGUGUCCUAGGCUCCGGUGUCUGGGUGUAGAUCCCGUGAGCGUGGGCUACCUGGCGCGCGCCGUGGUCAACAGCGUGCUGCAGGAGUCCGCGCUGCCCGAGCUGUCGCUCGCCGCGCACGACUCCUGCCUGGUGUCCUAGGCUCCGGUGUCUGGGUGUAGAUCCCGUGAGCGUGGGCUACCUGGCGCGCGCCGUGGUCAACAGCGUGCUGCAGGAGUCCGCGCUGCCCGAGCUGUCGCUCGCCGCGCACGACUCCUGCCUGGUGUCCUAGGCUCCGGUGUCUGGGUGUGAUCCCGUGAGCGUGGGCUACCUGGCGCGUGCCGUGGUCAACAGCGUGCUGCAGGAGUCCGCGCUGCCCGAGCUGUCGCUCGCCGCGCACGACUCCUGCCUGGUGUCCUAGGCUCCGGUGUCUGGGUGUAGAUCCCGUGAGCGUGGGCUACCUGGCGCGUGCCGUGGUCAACAGCGUGCUGCAGGAGUCCGCGCUGCCCGAGCUGUCGCUCGCCGCGCACGACUCCUGCCUGGUGUCCUAGGCUCCGGUGUCUGGGUGUAGAUCCCGUGAGCGUGGGCUACCUGGCGCGCGCCGUGGUCAACAGCGUGCUGCAGGAGUCCGCGCUGCCCGAGCUGUCGCUCGCCGCGCACGACUCCUGCCUGGUGUCCUAGGCUCCGGUGUCUGGGUGUGAUCCCGUGAGCGUGGGCUACCUGGCGCGUGCCGUGGUCAACAGCGUGCUGCAGGAGUCCGCGCUGCCCGAGCUGUCGCUCGCCGCGCACGACUCCUGCCUGGUGUCCUAGGCUCCGGUGUCUGGGUGUAGAUCCCGUGAGCGUGGGCUACCUGGCGCGCGCCGUGGUCAACAGCGUGCUGCAGGAGUCCGCGCUGCCCGAGCUGUCGCUCGCCGCGCACGACUCCUGCCUGGUGUCCUAGGCUCCGGUGUCUGGGUGUAGAUCCCGUGAGCGUGGGCUACCUGGCGCGCGCCGUGGUCAACAGCGUGCUGCAGGAGUCCGCGCUGCCCGAGCUGUCGCUCGCCGCGCACGACUCCUGCCUGGUGUCCUAGGCUCCGGUGUCUGGGUGUGAUCCCGUGAGCGUGGGCUACCUGGCGCGUGCCGUGGUCAACAGCGUGCUGCAGGAGUCCGCGCUGCCCGAGCUGUCGCUCGCCGCGCACGACUCCUGCCUGGUGUCCUAGGCUCCGGUGUCUGGGUGUAGAUCCCGUGAGCGUGGGCUACCUGGCGCGUGCCGUGGUCAACAGCGUGCUGCAGGAGUCCGCGCUGCCCGAGCUGUCGCUCGCCGCGCACGACUCCUGCCUGGUGUCCUAGGCUCCGGUGUCUGGGUGUAGAUCCCGUGAGCGUGGGCUACCUGGCGCGCGCCGUGGUCAACAGCGUGCUGCAGGAGUCCGCGCUGCCCGAGCUGUCGCUCGCCGCGCACGACUCCUGCCUGGUGUCCUAGGCUCCGGUGUCUGGGUGUGAUCCCGUGAGCGUGGGCUACCUGGCGCGUGCCGUGGUCAACAGCGUGCUGCAGGAGUCCGUGCUGCAGGAGCCCGCGCUGCCCGAGCUGUCGCUCGCCGCGCACGACUCCUGCCUGGUGUCCUAGGCUCCGGUGUCUGGGUGUAGAUCCCGUGAGCGUGGGCUACCUGGCGCGUGCCGUGGUCAACAGCGUGCUGCAGGAGUCCGCGUUGCCCGAGCUGUCGCUCGCCGCGCACGACUCCUGCCUGGUGUCCUAGGCUCCGGUGUCUGGGUGUAGAUCCCGUGACCGCCCUACAUUAUCUCGAUCUCUAUCGUGAUGUGCCAUGAUGUGACUCGUGCGCCAUGUGAGUCUUUAGACGCCGUGAGCGAUCGAAAUAUAGAUAAGCACCGAAAACCAACAGUCGUCUAAUAAUUGACGGAUUAAUUUUCUCUAGGAAGGAAGGAAGAAUCCUUUCUUGUAUCGUUUUUAAAUUUCAUUAUUUUUUAUGAAUAUAUAAAUGUAAAUAAAAUAUAAUAAUACCUAUAAUGUUAUUCAAUUUCGUCAUGUAAUGUGCCUAUCUACCUUCGUGUCCCCAAUGGCAGUUGUAUUGCACGACAAAAAUGCCAUGCAUUGCAGUGCGCGUUCUCAUUCCCAGAUCCACUAGAGACUAGUUCCUCGGUGGCUAAAGUAAGCUUAUAUUAGUGUUUUAGGCCAUGAUGACAUAUAUCUAUUUUGCUUAAACAAUGGAUAGCGGUCAAAGCGCCAAGUGUUCCUAUUUUUCAUUCAAAAAUGGAGGGGAUUCAGCAGGGGCAAUUGAUUUUCCAAAGUUCCGCUGUUAUAUUAUUAUGAUGUCACAAAUAUGUUUUUAUGAAUAUGAACCGAAUGAUAGGUACGCACUACGCAGGUACUGAGGCAGGAUCUAUUAGCAUUAGUGCAAUAUGAAUUGGUUAUAGUUAGUGAUUUUGUAUCAUUACGAUUUGUAUGAAAUAUUCAUGACACUAUAUUUUUGUAAAUACUUAUAAUAUAAUAUAAUUUUAAGUGCCAUGGCCUAUGGCCCCAUGUAAUGUAUACUUUUUGUAAAGCAAGAGUAACUGUUUCUAUGUACAUGAAAAUCCUUUAUAUGUAUGUUCACCGAAAAUUAAUGGUUGCAGAGAAAUCAUCGAUGUUGUGUUCCUACUUAACCAUAUUUUGAGAACAUUGCCAAGACAGCGAUCACACCGCUACAGUCGGCUGUGGCCGUCAUUGGAAAGUCUUGCCCAGGACGCCAACGACUGUUGCAAUAGGAACUUACGCGGGACUCCGUAUAAUUCAAUUUCGCUUAAAUAAUCGCGAUCGCCUGGCGUCCGGGGUACGGCAUAUUCCUUCGCCGUCUGGCGUUCAAAAGGUUUAGUCUUUUUGCCUAGACAGGAAAGUCGAUAUUUGUAAGGUGGACUUUCAAAAAAGAUGAUCAUGGAUCAUUUCAACCUUAAUUUUAUUGUUGUUGAAUAUGUUUAAAUAGAUUAUUUGUUAGAUUUACAUGUAUUAAUUAUAUUCU